CGCUGAGCCUCAGGAGGAAACAUGUCUGCACAGAGGGUGAGCGUGGACGACUUCCAGGAGGAGGCCAGGAGGACGCUGCCCAAGGCCGUGUACGACUACUACUGCUCGGGAGCCGAUGAGCAACGCACGCUGGCCGACAACGUGGAGGCCUUCAACAGAUGGUACCUGAUCCCCCGGGUGCUCCGGGACGUGACGGCGGUGGAUCUGUCCGUCACCGUGCUGGGUCAGAGGCUCAGCAUGCCCGUCUGCGUGGCGGCCACCGCCAUGCAGAGGAUGGCCCACGCCGACGGAGAGACGGCCACCGCUCGAGCAUGCAAAGCGGCGGGCACGGCGAUGAUGCUGAGUUCCUGGGCCACCUCCACCAUAGAGGAAGUGAAGUCGGCGGCGGGCGGCGAAGCCCCCCUCUGGUUGCAGCUCUACAUCUACAAGGACCGGGAGCUGACGCUGUCCCUGGUGCGGCGGGCCGAGGAGGCGGGCUACAGCGCCGUCUUCGUCACCGUGGAUACGCCGUACCUGGGGAAGAGGCUGGCCGACGUGCGCAACCGCUUCAAACUUCCCCCACACCUCAGCAUGUCCAACUUCUCCACCGACUCGCUGGCGUUCUCUGAGGGGAACUAUGGGAACGACAGCGGCCUGGCCGUGUACGUGGCCAAAGCCAUCGACCCCUCCAUCUGCUGGGACGACAUCGGCUGGCUCAGGAGGAACACCAAGCUGCCCGUCAUCGUGAAGGGAGUGCUCAACGGUGAGGAUGCUGUGCUGGCACUGAAGCACGGCGUCAGUGGGAUCCUGGUGUCAAAUCACGGUGCUCGACAGCUGGACGGCGUUCCGGCGACGCUGGACGUGUUGGAGGAGGUGGUCCAGGCCGUCCAGGGUCGCUGUGAGGUCUUCCUGGACGGAGGCGUCCGCAGGGGGACGGACGUGCUGAAGGCUCUGUCUCUGGGGGCGGCGGCCGUGAUGGUGGGCCGCCCGGUGCUGUGGGGGCUGGCCUGUCAGGGUCAGGACGGGGUCACCGAGGUCCUGGAGCUGCUCAGAGAGGAGCUGCGUCUGGCCAUGGCUCUGUCAGGUUGUCGCAGUGUGUCCGAAGUGAGCAGGUCUCUGGUCAGAAGAAAAGACUUCUCAUCCAGAAUGUGAGGAGAAGAAACCUUGGAGGAUGUGGUCACCUUAGCUACAUGGCUACAACUUCAGCUCAAGUUUUCUUUUUGUUUUUUCUUUUUCUUUUUUUUUUUUUUGUCACAUUUCUUCAAGCGCAACAGAGAAUCUUUUUAUCACCUUCAGAGAAACGACGAGCAUCACACCAAAACCAUACCACCAGUUUUAAUGAUAAAAAACAAAAGAUAAUUUUAUAUUUUGUGGUCAGUUUUAACCUUCUGUUUUUCCGCUGCGAUUCAUCGUCUCUGUUGCAUUGUGGGAAAUGUAGAAAUGUAUUCUGGAAACCAGUCCCCAGCUUUAUAUUUAAGACGUUUGUGAUAUUUGUGCUUUUUGA